GAGGGCGACCACAUCGGGCUGACCCGCAAGGCCAACAACGCCCUGCACUUCUACAUCAACGGCGUGGACCAAGGCGUGGCCACGUCGCUGACGCCGCAGGUGGUGUACGGCGUGGUGGAUCUCUAUGGCAUGGCCGUCAAGGUGACCAUCGUGCACAACCACAACCACAGCGACCGCCUGCGCCGCAACAACGCCAUCCUGCGCGCGCUGUCCCCCGAGGGCACGGCGGGGACGCCGCGCCGGGGCACCAAUGCCACCACCGCCACCGGUGCCACCAAUGCCACCAAUGCCACCAACGGCACCGGCACCACCGGCGCGCCACCGCCCCGGCUGCUGUUCCACCCCAACUGCGGCCAGAAGGCGGCCGUGGUCAAUGAGGGCCGGACGGCGCUGCGGCCGCAUGCCACGGAUGACUUCAACCACGGCGUGGUGCUGAGCGCGCGGCCCCUCGGGGACAACGAGCUGUUCCAGGUGCGCCUGGACAAGAUGGUGGACAAGUGGGCGGGGUCCAUCGAGAUCGGCGUCACCACCCACAACCCCGCCUACCUGCAGCUGCCCUCGACCAUGACCAACCUGCGCUCAGGCACGUGGAUGAUGACCGGCAACGGCGUCAUGCACAACGGCACCACCGUGCUGGACGAGUACGGCCACAACCUGGACCGCCUCAAGGCGGGGGACACGGUGGGCGUGGUGCGCAGGGACGACGGCACCCUGCACUUCUUCGUCAACGGCGUCGCCCAGGGGCCCGCGGCCUGGAACGUCCCGCCCAACGUCUACGCCGUGGUGGAUCUGUACGGGCAGGCGGCGCAGGCCACCAUCGUGGACGAGGGAGAGGUGCCGGCGCUGCCCCGGGGACGCUCCGGGGCGGCGGCGGUGCGUGCACGCCGGGGCAGCCCCGAGGGCGCCUCCCCGGGCGGGGCCCCGGGCGAGCUGCGCUUCCACCGCCUGCACGGCGCCAACGCCGUCAUCACCAACGGCGGCCGCACGGCGCUGCGCCAGAACUGCCGCUCCGAGUUCAACGACGCCAUCGUCAUCUCCAACCGAGCCCUGCGGGACGGGGAGCUGUGGCUCUGGGGUUUCCCAUUUUUGGGUGGGGGCAUUGAGGACAUUGGGGGCAUUGGGGACAUUGGGGACAUUGGGGGGAUUGGGGACAUUGGGGCCAUCCAGGGCGUGGCCUGCUUGGGGCUGCCACCAGAGGUGUACGCUGUGGUGGAUCUCUAUGGUCAGUGUGUCCAGGUGUCCCUGACCGGCGCCUCCGGCCCCACGGACAACAGCCAGAGCCCGGGGGCGGGGCCCGACAAAGCCCCGCCCCCUUCGCCAGCUCCAGGCCCGUGCCAGCGGUUCCACGGGCGCUGUGGCCAGAACGUGGCGCUGGCGGCCGAGGGCCUGGGCGCCGCCCGCGUCUCCGGGUACUGCCACGGCCUCGUCUUCAGCCGCUCCCACCUGCGCCCGGGGGAGCUCUUCGAGGUGCGCAUCGAGGCCCUGGACGAGCGGUGGGCGGGGUCUCUGCGGGUGGGGCUCACGGCCCUGCCCCCCCCCGGCCCCCCCGCCCUGCCCCCCUCCCUGCUGGACCUGCCGGCCCCGCCCACCUGGGCUGUCACCGGGGCCGAGGUUCGGCACAACGGGAGCCAGGUGCGGCACAACUACGGCGUCAGCCUGGACAGACUGACGGUGGGGAACCGGCUGGGCGUGCGCCGGGGCCCGGACGAUUCCCUGCACCUGGUGGUGGACGGGCAGGACAUGGGGCCCGCGGCCACCGGGGUGGCCAAGAACGCGUUCGUGGCCCUGGACCUGUACGGGCGCGUCACGGCCGUGUCCAUCGUCAGCGCGGGGGGCGGGGCCGCGGGGGGCGGGGACGGCCCCUCCCCCACCCCCAGCCCCUCCCCCAGCCCCACCCCCAGCGAGGCCCCGCCCCUCGCCCCGCCCGGAGGGGACGGAGGAGAUUGGGGUCCCCCCACGUUCCUGGGGUGCCACGGCAAGAACAUCGAGCUGUCCAACGGCGCCCGCACGGCCACGCGCGUCAGCAGCUACAACCAGGGGCUGGUGCUGGUGGGGCAGCCCCUCCCCCCGGGGCGCCUCUUCCAGGUGCAGAUCGACGCCCUGAACCCCCAAUGGAGCUCCUCCCUGGCCCUGGGGGUCACCGGGGCCCCCCCCGGCCGCUCCCCCCUGCCGGCCUGCGCCCACGGCCUCAAGCGGCCGGCCUGGAUCCUGCAGAGGAGAGCUGUGUUCCACAACGCCAGGAAGAUCCGGGACCUCCCUGGCCCCUCCCUGGAGCUGCUCCCGGCCGGAACCAUUCUGGGGCUCCUCGUGGACGGGGGGGGGCGGCUCCACCUCUUCAUCAACGGCCGCGACCAAGGCGCCGUGGCCGGGGGGGUGCCCAGCCCCUGCUACGUCCUGCUGGACCUCUACGGGCAGUGCCAGCAGGUGACGAUCGUGGCCGAGGGCCCGGCCGGGGGGGGCUCCCCCAGUGGGGACCCCCGAAAUCGGGGAGACGUGGAGAAGGCGGACGUGGUGGAUGGGGUGAAGGAGAGCCUUUGUUGGGGACCCCCCGCGCCCCCCCAGCCCUGCCCCUACCAGGCCCUGUGUGCGCGGUUCAAGGACCUGCUGCUGCUGCCAG